AUGGCUUCCCAAGAACCCCGUUAUGUCGCAAUCGCCCAGCGCAAGCAAGCUCAGCUUGCUGCAGCUAUUCCCGCCGAAUGGCGGUUGCCCGCACACGUCAUUCCUGAAGGAAUGCUCUCGAUUUCCGAGUCGAUUACCGUCGGCCCGAAAGAGUACCAACGAGUUGGCGUGAUGGAUAUUCCGCGAACCUGUGGUCUACUCACCGCCAAGGAGCUGGAAAUCACAGAGAAAUACGACGUGCGGGGACUGGUCGAGGAAAUGACAGAGGGUCGGUUGAAGGCUGAGGAGGUGGUGCGAGGCUUCUGUAAGAGAGCAGCCGUCGCUCACCAACUCACCCGCUGUCUGACCGAGCCCCUCUUCGACCGCGCCUUGCAACGAGCCCGAGAGCUGGAUGAUCACCUCCAGCGCACGGGCACCCCGGUCGGCCCCUUACAUGGCCUCCCGGUAUCAGUGAAAGACUCAUUCAAUAUAGAAGGCGUGGACUCGAGUAUUGGAUUGUCUGCGCUGGCAUUUAAACCUGCAACAGCAAAUGCCCCAUUGGUAGACUUGCUGCAGUCGCUCGGCGCGGUAGUGAUCGCGAAGACAAAUAUUCCUCAAACACUGGCAACAUUAGACAGUUGCAACCACCUCUUCGGACGCACACUGAACCCCCUCAACCGACAAUGGACUGCGGGUGGCAGCACCGGCGGCGAAGGCGCGUUGGUCGCCAUGCGCGGGUCGAUGGUCGGCUUUGGAACGGAUAUCGGCGGUAGCAUCCGCGUACCGGCUAUGUGCCAGGGUAUCUACGGCUUCAAACCGAGCGAUGGGCGCGUGCCAUAUGGAGGCCAAGAGAGCGGUCAGAUGGAUGGCAAAGGCCGGAUCGGGUUGCAACCUGUAGCUGGACCUUUAGCCCGCUCUGUUGCGGAUAUCAACGCCAUCAUGGCCGAGAUCGUGCCUCGUGCGGAACUGUUUGGCGAGGAUUGCAUUCCGGGAUACUGGCCUGCACCUUCUGUGUCAGGAGCUUUGUCUGCCCCGCGCAACUUCACCAUCGGUAUUCUCAAGACGGAUGGGCUUGUCACGCCCCUGCCCCCAAUCACCCGCAUUUUGAACGAAGUCGCCAACACCCUCCGUCAUACUCCCGGCGUUGAAGUCGUCGAUAUUCCCCUUCCCUCUGUUCUGCCCAAAUGCCAGGCCCUCGCUGGUCGGCUGAUGGGCCUGGACGAUGGCUCGCACAUGCUAGACCUUAUCGAGAGCAUGGGUGAGGACCUGAUGCCGUGGCUGCAGGGCCGGAUGAAGCGCGGCAAGGCGCUGACGGUUGACCAGUUGGCGAAGCUGCAGGCUCAGCGCGCCGAAGUGGAGCGAGAGAUGAUGAAGAUGUGGACAUUAUCCUCGCAGGCCUCUUCUGUGGCUCGACGCGUCGACGCAAUCAUCUGUCCCGUAGCACCACAUCCAGUCCCGGAGCUGGACCGAUAUAAUGCCGUCGGGUAUACUUCGACUUUUGUGCUGCUUGAUUACCCGGCCGGUGUGGUUCCAGUCCGAGCAUUCGCCGAAUCUGAUCUCGAGAUUGGGCGGGCUAUGGAGGAGCCUGUGUUGGGUAGUUGGGACAAGGCUAAUCGAAAGCUGUGGGACGAGAAAACGGUUGACCGUCGGGUCUACCUCGGCUCGCCUCUCAGUGUGCAGGUUGUCACUCCCAAACAGCAUGAUCACCAGUUGUUCCGGGCAAUGGAGAUUAUCGACCGUGCUGUACAGGGUCGUGGGGUUUCUUCGAGUGCGAAGCUGUAG